GUAUAGGUGGAAUAACAGCAGCUUGGAUAACUGAAGGUGGGGAGAUGAACCUUUUGUGACAUUUUCACUGAACACUAGCUGCUACCUGUUUUGCUUUGCCUCUCUUUGCUCUCAGUUGGUGUGACACUUUGAACAAUUAUGGACAGUAAUAAUUCAGAUGAACUGGGGAAGCAGCCCCCUGGUUCCAUCAAGAAUGUCUUCAGCAGUUUUUUCAGCCGGGAUAUAUCUGCCUCCUCAGUCACGGACUCGGCUAUACUGACGUCUUUCAAGGAGCUACCAGAUGUGGAGGAUCUUCUUCCUGAAGGUGGUCAAACUAUUAACAGUGAGAACAAACUUCAAGGGAGGAAAGAUAUGCAUCAGGAUAAUAUGACUGCUUUGGGGCAGUGGGAUGAAUCAUCGGAAACCCACAAGGAGUCGGAUAACCAAGUAAAAACAGCAGCUGGAGCCUCGGUUGACCCAGAUGUGGUCCAGGUCACAAGAGUAGAAACGUAUAGUGACACAGAAAAUGAGUAUGAGGAGGCGGCCAACAAUAGCACUGGUCUGUCAGAGAAGAUUACCAGGACCAGUAGGCCUUCUCUACCUGAUGAGGACAAUUAUACAGGAGACCAUGUUGAUGGAGAUAAGCUAAAAGAUUCCAGUAAGGCUGAGGCAGAGUACCAAAUGCCUGUGUUUAGAACACACAACCUUAAGGAGAAAUCCCGCAUAGAAGCUAUUCUAUAUUCAGACAGACUCACCAGCAGAACUAAAUCUAGGACGGCACUUAUCUCUUCAGUUUCCAAACACGGACAUGGCUGUAGUCCUAAAGAGAACACCACCACAUUGUCUGUGGAUGUAGAAACAUGUGCUGCUAGUGAGAAAAGUAGUGACAAUGUGGGAAUGGAUGAAGAAAAGUAUGCUGGCAUAGAUUGCUCUCUGCCCACUUCUUCCAUCAUCUCCGGACAUCUGGAUUUGGAGGCUGCCGGUCAAAAUGCUGCUAUAGCCUUUCCUUUGAAGCAUACAGGGCACCGAGAUAGUACACAGAAGGAGGAGACAUGUGAGGAAAGGGCUGAGACUGAUGAGGGGACUGAGGAAUCUUAUUCCAGCCAGGUGUCCUCCUCUGUUCCAUCCAGCCCCAAGACUCCUGAAGUUGCAGUCCAAGCUGGUAUCACAAAUUACGCUAUAGGGUUUAAAAAACCCACGCCAUUGUCCACAAAGACACCAGAGAGAAACACACCACCUCCAGUUUCAUCUAUUUCCCCCUCCUCUACCUCCUCCACCUCAUCCCCAUCCAGGGGCACGUCACUCUCUUCGCCUCCUUCCUUCCAAAUGCCGGCUCUCUUCAGUGGGUUACGGGUGCUGAAGAAAGGAGCAGUAGGAGAUGACAGGGAGACGAUGUCAGAGAUCAAGCAGAGAGAGAAGGAUGCUGACCUGGCCCUGCUCAGCCUGAAGAAGACGGUAAACAAAGCCAAGCUCUUCCCUGAGCAGAAGACAGCCACUCCAGUCAAAAAACAUGCUGAGCCUAAAACCAUUGCAGAAACUAAAAGCACUGUAAUGGGACAGCUCAGUCAGCUGCUCAACCUAGACAACCAGGAUGAGACCAAAAAGGAUGCUGAUCCUGAACACAGCAAAAAAGAAAGUGGAGAAGAAGUUGUGGGGGAGACAAUUCCAGGCCCAGGAACCCUCACAUCCCCACCAGAAAAAAAGAAAACCUCAGACCUGGCCUAUGAAACCUUCAGGAACAUCUUUGGCCCCAAAACUGUCAAAAUAGAAAAAACAGAAAAGGUGGACCUGGAGGCAGUGAAAAAGAAGAUCAAGAAUGACAAGGAAAACCUGCGGUCUAUUUUUGAGAGAACCUCCAAAUCCCCUGGCAAAGAACUCAAAAGUCCCACAGAGGCUAAUACGGAGGUCACGUCGCCUACAGACAGUGAGGACCGGACUCCAGGGCGUCUGCAGGCUGUGUGGCCCCCCCCCAAACCUAAAGAUGAGGAAGAAAAGGUGGGACUCAAAUACACCGAAGCAGAGCACCAGGCCGCCCUCUUGCAGCUGAAGAGAGAGUGCAAGGAAGAGGUGGAGAGGAUGCAUUUGACUCUCCUGAACACAAGAUGGCACUAAGCAAGCAUGAAAUGUUCAAGCGCAGCAGUUGAACUGGUGUAACUCCACUCAGUAUUUACUUGCAUCACUAGAUGUUGCAUGUUUUACAGUUGCCCAGUAUUUUGUAUAAAUUUUCUUUUGAAUGGAAAUUGACCAACCUGUCAGUUAAGUUUUUUUUGUUUUUUUUAAAGUUGUUGUUUUUUUCUUUCCCGGUGAAACAGU